AUGUAUCGUGAAGAACAGUUUGAGAAGCCAAAAGUUGCCAAAUACCAUCACAUAAUUUACAUUUCAGCCUCUGCAAUUAUAUUUAUUCUCAUAAUAGUUGAUCUUGCACUCAAUAGAUGGUUUUCUUACUGCUGGUGGGAUUUCGGAUUAAUCUACGCAGGCACAUUUACAGAUUUCGAAAACCUCCAAAAUGAGAAUUCCAUUAGCGACGUCAAAAGUGACGCUUGCGGAUCUUUAAAAGGCCUAAUAGAAGGAAGUUGCCCCGAUUUUUGUGACUAUAUUGAUGAUUUCCAAAGUGCUGGAGCUGUUAUGGUAUUUUCAGGAAUUGCUACAUUAAUAUCAAUCGCUGCUUGUAUUUUCUUUCACUUUUUAGCUUUUAACAGGUCUGCUUUCCGAUUCAGAGUUAUGUGGGUAUUUCUGAUUAUGCCAACUUUUUGGUAUUCUCUAGGAUAUGUAAUAUAUCUUGGUGUGGGAAAAUUUGGAGAUAUUAAAUCAACCAGCAGUCAAAGGUUUAAAAGCGAAAAUUUUGAAAUGAAAGAAGGCAUGAUACUCGCUAUUGUAGUCAUCAGUUUGAAUGUAAUGCUGAUGGCUUAUAGCUUUAUAAAAACAAAAAGAGCUUUCCUUUCAUAA